AUGUCCUCUGUUCCUACCUUUGAUACCCUCAUCUUCGACCUCGGUGAUGUCCUAUUCACUUGGGCUCCGGACCCUCUUUCACCUGUUACCCCAACUAUGAUGUACCGCAUCCUCAGGACUACGACCUGGUUUAACUAUGAACGAGGGGACCUAUCUCAGAUAGCAUGCUACGAGCAAGCAGCCCGGCAGAUGGGGGUCACCGUUCAAGACAUUGCCUCCGCAUUUCGAGCCGCUCAGCAGACCCUCACAUUCCGCACCUCCAUCGUCGACAUCAUCCGGGAGCUUAGACCAGGUCGAAAGAUCUACGCCAUGUCUAACAUGUCUGCACCCGACUGGCAGAUCGUUCAAGCCCGUUUUUCAGACUGGGACAUCUUCGAUGGCGUCUUCGUCUCCGCGGAGGUGGGAACCCGCAAACCAGACUUCGGUUUCUAUCGCCAUAUACUCGAGCAGACGGGAGCAGAUGCAUCACGUACCAUCUUCAUCGACGACUUAGUUGACAACGUCCUCGUCGCCCGCUCUUUCGGAAUGACUGGAAUUGUUUAUCAAGAUGUCAGCAACCUUGAGCAACUACUCCGAUGUCUCUGCUUCGACCCGGUCGAGCGCGCACAGGCGUUCAUGCGGGCUAACGCGAAACAGCACGUAUCAUACACAUCCGACAACCAAACCAUCGAAGAAAACUUCACUCAGCUACUGAUUCUCGAGGCCACUGGCGAUUCGUCACUGGUUGACUAUGUCGAGUACGAUGGACUCUUCAACUUCUUCCGUGGAGCUGGCCAGCUCACCACGAAAGACUACCCCUACGAUUCCGACACUAGCGCCAUUGGUGUUAUGGUGGCUCCCCACCUAUCGCUUUCUUCAAAGCACCGAAUCCUAGACGAUAUUCUUCACCUUCGCAAUGCAGACGGCAUCGUUCAAGUAUACUUCGAUCCCAGCCGCCCUCGGGUCGACCCCGUCAUCUGCGUUAACGUCCUCGCGGCGUUCUAUAGCAAUGGUCGAGGGAAUGAGCUGAAGGAGACGUUUGAAUGGGUUUUACAAGUCCUGAAGCAUCGUGCGCUUCUCAAUGUUGUCUCCCCCAAAACUCGUGGUCGUAUUACUCCUCUAUUUGCGGAACGCUGUCGCGAGCGCCUUGGAGCCAGCGGCGACGCUCUCGCCCUGGCCAUUCGCGUCAUAUGCUGCAACCAAGUCGGGAUUGACCCAUCAACAGAUCGUUCGACACUUUGCAAGAUGCAGGAUGUGGACGGUGGAUGGAAGGACGGCUGGUUUUACCGUUAUCCUACUACUGGGAUGCUCAUAGGGAAUCGUGGUUGUACAACUGCGUUGGCUAUUAACGCGAUCAAGGGCGCGAGAACACCCACUGAUUCGACGCGACACUAA